GUAAGGAUUCAGCUUAGGUUAGUCACUUAGUGUCCUCUGCAUGCAUGCACCUAUUCAUCCCAUGCAGGAUACGCCGCCAGACCAUCCAUCCAUCCAUCCAUCCACUCCACACCCCACACCGUGCCAGCCACCAUUGACCGUUCAUCUCGUGCAGACGCACGCACCGUCCUAUCCCUAGGCCGCAAGUCUGUCUCCCCCACACACGCACCGAACGCCACCCACUCAUUCCUUCGGUCAGACAGUCGGGAAAAGGAAAAAUAAAUCACUCGGUCAGUCAGGCACCCAGGCAGCUGGAUCGAUGCGCUCGAAACAAAACUUUGAUAGGCAGGUAGGCAGGUAAGCAGGCAGCCAUGUGGCACGGGGUAGAGAAUUGUGGGAGGGCAGCCGUCCACCCACCUCAUUUCUGUGGGUGGCAUGCCCUCCGUCACAUAUAUACGGCGAUCGAUCCGCAUACGGCCAACCAGUCAGCGAGUACGUAUAUGUAUAUGUGUGUGUAUGUAUGUGUGUGUGUGUGUGUGUAUGUAUUGAUUGUUGUUGUUGUUGUUGAUCUAUUUGACUUGCUGCAUGACGGUGUUGUAGCGGUCCGCGUUGCGCUGGAGGAUGUGCUCCACCGGUCCUGAGUGAACACACAGCGACACGCAUCCAUCGCAUGCACCCAGAUGAAUGAAUGGCUGGGCGGACAUGCAUACGGCCGUUCGUUCAUUGCCCUCCACUCACUCCCGUAUGUACCGAGUAGUCGCUUGAAGCUUUUGCGGUCCAAAGUCACACACUUCACCUCACCCUGAAUGCGAUGCGCACACAUGGAAGAGUGGCUCUCUGCAUUGCAUCUCUCUGUGUGGAGAUCUUUCUUUCGUGUCUCACUGACUGACCUUGGCCUUGACGGUAGCAGCACGUGGCUGGUUCUUGAUCAAAGCGAGCUCACCGAAGUAGUCACCUGUGUGUAUGUAUGGUGGCCCCUUACUCGUCGUCCUGCUUCUCCAUAUAUAGGCACCUUACUUACCUUUCUUGUAGUCCAUGACCUUGCCUGCACCACCCUCCUUGAACGCCUCAGCCUCGCCCUCCUCUGUUGGUUGGGCGCGGCGCCCCAUAUAUCAAUCACAUAACAUACACAGACAGAAGGGAUGUGCAGUUGAUGUGAUGCCUCGCUGUGCAUACUGAGUACCGAUGAUGUAGAACUUGUCCCCCUCGUCGCCUUGCUUCACGAUCACCUCGCCGUCCUGACACACACAGCCAGGCCACGGACAGUAAGUAUACUUGCCGGUGGUCUGGCCGGGUGCGUGUGUGUGUGUGUGUAUACCUUGAAUGCGGCAGUCUUGAGUGCGUCAGCAAGUUUGGACCGCUCGUAGGCGUCCAUCUCCUUGAGCAACUCCACCUGACACGACACGGGUCGAUGGAUGCUUUGGCUGUCUGCCUGUCUGUCUGUCUGGCAGUGCCUUGCCUGCAUACGCACCUUCUCGAGGAACCCCUGGUACAUUUCGCGUUUCUUCUGCGCGGCGUCCUUGACAAUGUUGUUGAAACUCUCCCGGUCCAACUUCCUGCAGCACCCAUCCCAUCCACACACAGCAACACAUGGAAAGCCAUGGGGUGAGUGCACGUGUGUGUCCGGCGGCCGACCAGAGACGUCCCUGCUUUGUGCACUUGACAGUGGCGGCCCGGGGGCAGUUGUACCUGUGGAGGCAGGCAUGAGACACGCACAGACAGAGAGCAGAGACCACAUGAUGGAUCCGAUCCACAUGUGAGCAUUUCUGCUGGCUGCGAGUGUGUUUGACUGACAGGAGUGCGAGCUCCCCGAAGGCCUGUCCGCCUUCAUACGAGGCCACCUGAUCUUCAACCCCUGUCUCCUUCUGCUCACAACAUACAUGCAAAAGACUCACAUGUGUGUGCGCGUUGGGUGUGCACCCGUCUGGUCUGGGGCAUGCAGCCAGCCUGCCUACCGAUUUCUUGGUGACGAUGAAUUCGCCGGUUUCCACGAGGUAAAGGAAGUCGCCGUCCUCGCCUUGAGUGAUGACCACAUCGCCGUCGCUGCAAACACACACACGGGCACACCGGAGGCUCCAUGUGUCUGGAGGGGUGGGUGUGUGGGUCAGUGGGGAUGGCGUGUGUGGGUGCUACGUACACGACCAGCAUCUCCUUGAAGGCAUCGAUGACCGUCUUGAGAUCCUUCUCGUCCAAACUCUGACGACAGACGAGUGAUGGGCGGAUGGAAGGAUGAGUGAGUGUGUGUGUGUGACCCCACCCCCCUCCCCUCCGACCUGGAACAGGAACGAGUUGUUGAUGGCAUUGCGGAUGCACGUCUUCUGCUCGUCCGUCUUGGGGUACACCUGAAGGGCGCAACCACGUGACGUGCUGUGUGCCGUGUCUCUGCGUCUGUGUGACGGAGGGGGAGGGGAGGCGGUGCUGACCGGUGCGGUGAAGGCUUGUUUUUUGUUAAAUUCGCCAUAUGCCUCGGCACUGACACUCGUGCGGGGCUUCUUGCCGUAGUUGGCGGGCGUCUGGACACACAAAGAUGGAGAGACAUGCCGGGACGUGUGAGCAAGGAAAGAGAGUGUGUGUGUCCGAACAAAAAGGGUCAGGUCGGCGACUUCAUCGUCCUCAUCCUCGUCUUCGUCCUCGUCGUCGGCCUCCUCUGUAGAGGCACAUACGCACACACAUGCACGCAGAAGGAUGGGAGUUGCUGGCCGAUGGGUGCAUGUCACUGGCUGCUGCACGUCACGUUGGUCACUUUCAGGGUCUUCGGUAGCGCCCUCGACCUUCUUGUACUUGUGCUCCUCUUCCUCCUUCACACGCAUCUCGCCGCUGUCCACCCCGCACAGUUGGGUACAACACCUGCACACACCCAGAGAGAGCACACAGAGCAGACAGAAGGAUGGCGGCUCCCUCGCCUCGUGUGUGUUCUCCGUCUCCCUCCCCUCUCCCCUCCUCCCCUCUCCUCUCCUCCCCUCCCCGCCCUGCGUGUGUCAAACCCCGGUGAACCGGCUUACUUGCACUGCAGGAGCCAAAGGAAUCUCUCAUACAAGGUCAUAGGCUGAGCCUCCUGCUUCACCUCCUCACUCAUCGACCUGACCUGCCUUCUCUUGUCGCAAUACGCUCACAAAUGAGGGAGGCAGCUCAGGGAGCCCCAGUCGGUAUAUAUGCAGCCCUCGUGUGGUCCGGGAGAGCCGGCUGGUUUGAUUGCGCGGUUGGAGACCGAGAAACACCGAGAAAUUGCGGAAGCUCUCACCCCUGUGCGCGUCGGUGGUCGAAAGUCGUCACGAGGACCCGCAAGGGAAGCAGGUGGAAGUUAAGAAGCGGUGUGAACCUCAAGAGAGGGGGGCUUUCACGGUUUUGGCUGGUCCAAGUCGGUGCUUAUCUUGCGCUUUGACAGACAGCACAGCAGCUUUAGGAAAUGCUCAGCAGCCUGAAGAAAACUUGAAUGCGAGUCUCAGAC